AUGAAGACUCCUCUACUGCGUGGUGCAUUGAAAUUUCUAGUAAUUAUGAUGUGCACAGGACCAUUCGAAGCUUUCCAUAUACCAGAGCCUGCCUGGUCCGCAGAUUUAAUGAGUUACAUAAAAGAAAACUAUGAACAUUAUCGCCAAGUGAUGAUCAUAACGUGCAAAGAUUCCGGAGUGCCAUUCGAGAAUUACUGGAUAAGAAAAAUACUGCACACAGCAAUGGCAACUUUUCCGACAAUUCGAAUAAAUGUUGAUUUUUCAUCAAAUAUCAAUGAGGAAUGGUCCUUUCAUCGUACCGAUGCCACAGCAACUUUGUUCAUUUUCGUGGAUGAUAGCGACACUUGGCGCCAUCAUCAACCAAAAGAUGUCGGGAAAGUUGUGCCCCAACAGAUAAUCUCAAUCAUGAAAGAUUUAUCAUUGAACAAGAAAAUUGCCAAGUAUCUGGCCUUAUUUCUCUCGUCAGAACAGACCCUGAACUUUGACGACCUUUUGAGACAUGCCUGGGAAAUGCAAAUGAUUGAUUUAACUAUUAUAGAGGUCAUUGGUUGCCAAAGCGUGAAGACAACGAUCCUGAACGAUUGUGUUGAUGACAGCAGCCUACCAGUCAUACAUCACUUCAAUCCAUUUUUGGAUUCAAUAAUAAGGAAGACAUACGAGCCAGGAAUGAAGUUGUUUCCGGAUAUCAUGAAAAAUAUGCAUGGAUAUCCUCUCAAGAUCGGUAUCCGCCACCAUCCACCGUUUUCAAGCGUCUCCUGGGAUAACAACUCCAACUACGAAUCGAUGAGUGGAUUGGAUAUUCAACUUAUACAUACAAUGGCGGAAAGCAUGAAUUUCACAUUGCAAAUUCUACCGCAAUUGAUGACCUUCGAGGAAAUGCAAGACAACUCCUCUAAUGGAUUAUUCAAUUUCUUACGCAGUGAUAAAAUCGAUAUCUUUGCUUCUCCCCACCCUCACUACACAGAAGAUAUGGAGGAACAUUCGUUUCGCAGCGAAGCAUUCAUCAGAGAUCAACUUUGUGCUAUGGUUCCAUUGAGAAAAACUGUUCGUAUACUUCUUCCGAAAACAGUCACUGAGACUUUGAUCUUGACCAUUGGCAUUGUAUUAAUCUUUUGGGCCUCAAUAUGGCUCUUCAGGUUUUCACAGUCGUGGAGUAUUUUUACCAUAGUACGUGUAUUGUUCGGUAUCCCAGUCUUCGCUCAUCAUGCAAGACUGAAGCCUGCACAACGUGUCAUAAUUCAAAUUUUGAUGAUCAUAUCAUUACUCUAUUCCGCGAAGAUUUAUGCAUCUCUGACGAACAUAAAUAUCGAUGUCGUAGGUGCAGUUGAAAUUGAAACUCUUGAUGAUCUUGAUCAAUCUGGCCUUAUACCGAAGAUUCACCCCCACCUGAUGGAUAAAACUUUUGGGCAUGUCAAUAAGAAUGAUCAGACUCUGAUGAAUCUGAAGAGAAAAACUGUCUCGAUGCGUUCUAUGAUGAAAUGUCUAAGUGAAGCUGAAAAAUUCAAGAAUACAACGUGUUUGAUGACCACAGUCGAAGGUUACUGGUUCAUAAGAUCGACAUACCGUCACCGAGAGCCAGCCCUGAAGAUGACACAAGCAUGUUUUUGGUCGGAUAGCUAUGCAUUCCUUUUUAGGGAAGGGUCUCCCUAUAGAAAUAAAAUAGAUAAUACAUUUCGUCUUCUCGCUGAAGGUGGAAUUCCCAUAAUAUGGGCACGGAAUGAUACAAGUGGCAAUUUUGAGGAGCAACGUAAAGACAAUAAUGUAUUCCACGAACUUCAAGUGCCACCUCCGGGUGUAUUACGAGAUCAGCUAACGGUCGUUUUAUUGUUUGGACUUACCAUCGCAAUUAUUACAUUUAUUGGAGAGCUUCUGUGGUAUCAUCGCAUCAAAAGAUGGAAGAGCGUGUGA